AUCCACGAGAAUCUAGGUUUUAUAAUACGGCGAUUUUGUAAAUAGCAUUAACACAUACAUACAUCCAUUGUACAUAUAAAUCAUUAUUGCUAUUUGAUGUCGAGUUUAACACUUGUACCGCUGAAAAUGAUGCAGGGUAUUAUGCCUCAGCAUGCAACCUACACACAUAUAAGCACAUGUACCGUCAAGCGACAGUUCAGACUACAGGCAACAGACAGAAGAGGAACAAACAGUACUUUGUUCAAGUUAUACGAUGGAAGCAAGCUUUUUAAGUCUUUAUAAUGAAAAGUCAAACAUUAUCAGGCCACCUCAUUUACACCCACUGCCAGCUGAUAACAACUCGUAAAAUUAGAAUCAGCAGAUAUUAUCUAGUCAUAAGAUAGAAAUUAGUAGUUUUGCUUUUAGAAAAGAUACUUCAUAAUGGAGGAGCCACAUUUUGAUGUUUGUAUUAGUGAUGACAAUUUAAUAACUGGUGCUAUAGAAAUAGUAAAACGUAUACGACCUUCUUGGUCUAUUGAUCAUCUUUCUCAUAAGGUAUUUACCAAUGGCAUUUCCAAUAAAUUAGUAGGAAUUUACCCUAGAAAUAAUUACAACCAAAUGGUAUUGGUGAGAGUCUAUGGACAUAAUACAGAUUUAUUAAUUGAUAGAAAACAAGAGCAUAAAAUUAUAAGGAGUUUGAAUAAAUCAGGAUUUACACAUUCCAUUUAUGCUACAUUCAGUAAUGGAAUGGCAUACGAAUUCAUUGAGGGAAAUACUCUUACAGUAAAAACUGUAAGAGAACCAGAAGUGUACGAAUUAGUUGCUAAAACUAUGGCUAAAAUGCAUUUACUAAAGCCUCCAACACCUGAUGAACAUUACAAUAAGGCAAUUAUAUGGGAAAAAACAGAAAAAUUCCUGCACAUGAUGCCAAUAAAUUUUAGUGAUUUGAGAAAACAAAAUAAAUUUGAAAAAUUGAUCAAGCCUAAAUCCAUUCUUCUUAGUGAAUAUCAGUUAUUAAAAGAAAAGCUUUUAAUGCUAGACUCUCCUAUUGUAUUCUGUCAUAAUGACUUGCUGUUGGCGAAUAUUUUACAUGAUAAAAAGAAAAACAAGGUAACAUUUAUAGACUUUGAAUAUGCUGCAUACAACUGUCAAAGUUUUGACAUUGCAAACCACUUUGCAGAAUUUGCUGGAGUGGAUAAUCCUGAUUUUUCUUUAUAUCCUGAUAUUGAAUUACAAAUGCAUUGGUUGAGCAUAUACUUGAAAGCUUAUAGAAAUACAUCUGCUGAGAUACCAAAAGAAGAUGUUGAAAAAUUGUAUAAUCAAGUAAAUCAGUUUGUACUUUUGACACAUUUUUUCUGGGGAUGCUGGGCUCUUAUACAGAGUCAAUACUCACUUAUUGAUUUUGACUUUUUAGAAUAUGCAGAGAUUCGAUUCAAUGAAUAUUUCAGAAGAAAAUAACUAAAUAACAAGAAUGAAAAUGGCGUUCUUACAUCAAAAAUAUAAAAUAGAAUAUUUUCGUCGUCAAAUUUUCAUAUUUUGACAAAAAUUAUUUUUUUAUUAUUAUUCGUUUAAUAUGAAAAUGAAAUGAAAAAAAUAUUAUAUUUGUUUAAGGAUGCAUUUAUAAAAUAAAAAAUGAAAUGUGAUGAGUUACACCCAUGCUCGCGAAAAGAACUAUAGGUAAUAUAACUGAAAACAGGUGUAUUUGUACACUAUUCCAGCAGUUUUUUAUAUGUAACAAUUAUAAAAUUUUUGAAUGCAAUUCCACUAGUUUUUAAUAAACUUAACUAUUGUUAAUGUUUCAGUUUUUUUGAACAUUAUUAUUAUUUUAAUGUUAAUUUGUUAUAAAUUUGUAUUUGUUAUAAUUGUUGCUUUAGUGGAUAGUAAAUUAUGGAUUAAGUACACUUGUUGGAGAUAAGUUAGCAAAAGCAGUAGAAUCGUUUUUUAAAUUAAAAGAAAUAUACUGUUUAAAAAAUAAAUAAACGUAAUUGAUUGAU